UGUCCUCAAAGUCCGCCGGCUAUGGCCGCCCCCGCCCCGGUCACGCGGCAGGUCCUCGGCGGCGCAGCCCUGGCGCCGGUCCCGACCGGCCCCGAGCGCGGGCAGCCUCUGGCGGCCGCCGUGGCGGAGCUGCCAGUGCUGGAUGCGCGCGGGAGGCGGGUGCCGUUCGGCUCCCUGUUCCGGGACCGGCGGGCCGUGGUGGUCUUCGUGCGGCAUUUCCUGUGCUACGUCUGCAAGGAGUACGUCGAGGACCUGGCCAAAGUCCCCCGGAGUUUCUUACGGGAAGCAGAUGUCACCCUUAUAGUGAUUGGACAGUCAUCCUACCAUCAUAUUGAGCCUUUCUGCAAACUGACUGGGUAUUCUCAUGAAAUCUAUGUUGAUCCUGAGAGAGAGAUUUAUAAAAGACUGGGGAUGAAAAGAGGUGAAGAAAUUGCCUCCUCAGGACGGAGCCCCCACAUAAAGUCCAGCCUCCUCUCGGGAAGCCUCCAGAGCCUGUGGCGGGCAGUGACCGGGCCUCUGUUUGAUUUUCAAGGCGACCCAGCUCAGCAAGGCGGGACCCUCAUUUUAGGUCCAGGUAACAACAUCCAUUUCAUGCACCUGGAUAGAAACAGGCUGGACCACAAGCCCAUAAACUCUGUCCUGCAGCUGGUGGGCGCGCGGCCAGUGACCUUCACAAACAGACCUUCAGUCGUGCAUGUGUGACCGAACAGCAGUCCAUGCCUGCAAGUGGACCUGGGCAAUGGAGGCUGUCACACCAGGUGUAGUGUCCCUGUGAUGAAACUCCUACUUACUGCUUGGAUUGUGUGCCAAGACAUGUCAGAUGUCAAAAAUGUGGUGUAUGUUUUUAAUUUUAUGGCUUUUAACAGUUUUACACAAAACAGCUUAUAAAUACAUACAGUAAAACUGUAAAAGCUAUAAAAUUGUAAGUAUUUUGAUUAUUUUACCUGUGUUAUAUACAUUUGAUGAAAGAUUUCCUUUUUAGCAAUUAAAAUUGUGAAUUCUUACAAAGAAUAUUUAAGGGGAAGGAAAAGCAACUUGAAACCAUCUUAGUCAUUGCAGAAACUAGAGAGAGCAUCAGAUUCUGCAAACAUACCCACAGUUUGGCAGGUGUGCGGUUUUUUUGUUUUUGUUUUUGUUUUUGUUUUUUUGACAGGCAGAGUGGAUAGUGAGAGAGAGAGAGAGAGAAAGGUCUUCCUUUUUGCCAUUGGUUCACCCUCUAAUGGCCACCGCUGCUGGCACGCUGCGGCCGGCGCACCAUGCUGAUCUGAAGCCAGGAGCCAGGUGCUUCUCCUGGUCUCCCAUGUGGAUGCAGGGCCCAAGCUCUUGGGCCAUCCUCCACUGCACUCCCGGGCCACAGCAGAGAGCUGGACUGGAAGAGGGGAAACCAGGACAGAAUCUGGCGCCUCGACUGGGACUAGAACCCGGUGUGCCGGCGCCACAGGUGGAGGAUUAGCCUAUUGAGCUGCAGCGCUGGCCUGGUUUUGGUGUUUAAAGAUUUAUUUAUUUAUUUGAAAGUCAGAGUUAGAGAGGAGGAGAUGCAGAGAGAGAGGUCUUCCAUCCACUGAUUCACUCCUCAAUUGGCUGCAAUGGCAGGAGCUGCACGGAUCUGGAGCCAGGAGCAUCCUCAGGGUCUCCCACACACAUGGGUACAGGGGCCCAAGGACUUGGGCCAUUUUCUACUGCUUUCCCAGGUCAUAGCAGAGAGCAGAAUUGGAAGUGAAGCAGCCGGGACUUGAACCAGCGGCCAUAUAGGAUGCCGCCACUGCAGGCGGCAGCUUUACUCACUAUGCCACAGUGCCCGCCCCUGUUUAUGCUUUUGAACGUAUGGGUAAGCACAUCAGCACAUUGCCAAUAGCUGUCUCCGUGUGCAACAUUAACAGGUGUUUUUAUUUUCUAUAUUUCCCAACUGUUCUAGAAUGAGUAUGACUGCUUUGGCUGGGCCAGGAAAAGGUCUCUGACAUGACAGAGAUGUUCCUAUAGAACCUUCUCCACAGAGGUGCACAUCACACACGGAGGCUGCGACCCAGGUUUUCACCCCAAGCGCUACACGCACAGGCUGUGUGGUGCACCGAGCCUGUUGCAUGGAGAGCACCUGGCCCCUGCGUGUACAGUGUUCAUUUCACUGGAGUUUGUGUGACAGGGAGGGAGAGUUAAGGAAAAAUGAUUUAUUUUAGAUAUUUAAGAUACACCUUUCAAAUAUGGUGUGUAUGUUUUUUAAUGGAACCUUAAGGAUCAUUUAAAUUUAAAAAUUUUUUAACUUAAACAUACACUGUGGUUUGGUUUUACAUUCUUUGAAGUUGUUGCUACUUCUUACCCAUAAAAUUGCUCUUAUUUAGAGGACUAUUGUCAUCUCUUAUUUUUCUAGAAUUUUCAUAAUGUCUCAUUGGGAAGUGUCCCAGAAAUUCUGAUGAAAGGUGCAUUAAAAUCAAAAUAUUGGUAAUUACUAGCAAGUAUAAUACUGCUUUGAAUUUAUAAUACUUUCACAUAAAGCCUAUAAAGUAAUGAAAAAAUAUUUAAAAUAUCCAAAUAUUUGAAUGUAUUUUCAUGCCCUGUAAAUGUUUUUAAUCAAUAAAAAUGAAA